GUUGAACCCAGAGGCAGACAGAGAGGAGGUCGCUGUAGGAGUUGCUUUUAAAAAGUUACCGAAACUUGCAGGUGAACCAAUUUAGCGUGUGGUGUUUACAUGGUGACCGACUACAGACUCAGAAGUAGCUACUUGUUGAUAUGAAACAGUCGUUCGGGGCGGAAAACAGCAACAUUUAGCUCGGGCUCGCCGACUUCUGCAUGGUCGCUAGCUAGCUAACAGUUAGCUGAAGGAGCUACUUGGCUAGCUGGCUAGCGAGGUCCAGCCCAAAAGUUGUUUACCUCAAGUUGUGGAUGUGGUCACCCCCUGAGCCUUUCACGACUUUUCUGUGGGAUAAGAGAGCAAGGACCAAAAAAUCACACUGGAUUUAACACAGUGCGCUGUUAGGAAACUAGCAGGAUGUCCGCAGAGGUUGAGAGUAGUCAGGUUGACUCAGGUUUGACAGCGGCCAGCUCCAGCGGAGCGGAGGAGAAGAGCCAAAACAAGUCCGAGGGGACUCACCUGCAGAAAGAACAAGAGCAACAGGGGCAGAACGGCUCGGAGAAGCAACUAGCAGAUGGCCACAACACCGAGGCAACCAAGAGCCCGACGGACAUGCACAAGAAAUGCAAAGAAAACGAUAAAGAAAAUGACCAAAGCAGCAGCGCUGACUCGGCUGUCGAGGCGGUGAAGAGGAAAGUUGUUGAAGCUCCUCCGCCGAAAGUCAACCCGUGGACGAAGAGGACCACAGGCAGGGUCCCGAUCAACACUAUCAACUCCAGCUCCCAAGAGAAAGAUCAACAGAAUGCUCUGAAAGUAGUCCGUGCCAGCAAGCCCAGGACAAGAAAAUCCAGCAAGUCAAGUGACUUCAGUGAUAUCACAAACUGGCCCACACCUGGUGAACUGGCCAAAGAGCAACAGCAAAAUGUCCUCAACAACAACGGAAAGAAGCCUCCUUCCUCCCGCAGAGACAAGGAGAAGAGGAGGGAGCGAACGGAGAGGAAAUCAGAGAGCAGCCACGACGGCGGAGAGAGCAAAGAGAACCAGGAGGCUCAGCUGGACCCCCUGGGAGAGCUGCCCAAAGAUGGAGAGUCCAAGGCGGGACAGGACGCCAAGAGCGCCGCCCUGAAGAAGCGAGGAGGUGAGGGUAACAAACGUAAGUGGGUGUCUCUGCCGCUGGAGGAUGCGUCCCGGGACGACGGCGGCGACAAGACGCCUGGCGAGGGUCCGCCACAUUUGGACGCCGAGCCAGCCGGCGACGCACCCGACCCCACGUCGCCCAGUCACACACUCCAUAAUAACAGGGCGCAUGAUAGCAGCAGGAGCUGGAGGAGAGAGCAGCGGGACUUCGGGGACGACGCCGCCAGCGUCCGGAGCGACGGCGGGAGCGUCCGCGGAGGAAUACGAGGCCGAGGGAAAGGUCGUGGGCGCGGGAGAGGUCGUGGGCGAGGCCGUUAUGAAUACUCUCAGAGCUUCCGGGACUCGCAGUCGUCUGACGGCUCGGUUCAGGUCCCCUCAGAGUUUGGCACCAACAUGGUCUACUACUACGACGACGGCAGGAAGGUCCAGAUGUACACCGUGGAUGAAAAGCUCCUUAAAGAAUAUAUCAAACGCCAGAUCGAGUACUACUUCAGCCUCCACAACCUGGAGCGAGACUUUUUCCUGCGGAGAAAGAUGGAUGCGCAGGGCUUCCUCCCCAUCUCCCUCAUCGCCAGCUUCCACAGAGUGCAGGCCCUCACCAUGGACAUCAGCCUCAUCAUGGAGGCUCUGAAGAGCAGCAAAGAGGUGGAGCUGGUGGACGACAAGGUUCGCUGUAAAACCGACCCGGAGCGCUGGCCCAUCCCCACCCCUACCAUCGUGGGUUCCCCUCGGACUGACUUCUCCCAGCUCAUCAACUGUCCCGAGUUCGUCCCUCGACAGACGCUCAGCUCCACGAGCUCCGCUUCGUCGCCUGUGAAGAAGACUCCUCCCGAGUCCGCCGAGCCCCAGGACUCGGCCGAACCCGGCUCCUCCAGCCAGGAGUCGCUCCCGGACGCCUCCGAAGACGCCCCCGCCCCGCAGCCCGACCCCGACGCCUGGAUCCAGGUGGAGAAACGCCACCGACAGCCAUCCGGAAAGGCAAAGCAUGUCAGUGCCGAUGUGUGUGUUGUCAGCUCCACUCCUCCCUCAGCGCUCCAACCCGACCGCCUUCCCUCUGCAGAGCGCAGCGAUGCGCCUCCGCGCGGCCUCCAGGCCCCUCCGCAGGCCGAGCCCGACCAGGAGGAGCUGGACUUCCUGUUCGAUGAGGAGAUGGAGCAGAUGGCGCCCAGGAAGAACAAGUUCACCGACUGGUCGGACGAGGACGACUCAGACUACGAGCUGGACGACCAAGACAUCAACAAGAUCCUUAUCGUUACCCAGACCCCUCCCUACAUCCGUAAGCACCCCGGCGGAGACCGGACAGGCAACCACGAGUCCCGAGCCAAGAUCACCACCGACCUGGCCAAAGCCAUCAACGACGGGCUGUACUACUACGAACAGGACCUGUGGAAGGGAGAGGAGCAGAUCGAGUGCAGCAAGCAGGAAGUGGAGAACUUCAAGAAGCUGAGCGUCAUCAGCAAAGAUGAGUUUGACAGCCUCACCCCGAAAGUGCCCGUUGACCCAAACCAGGAAGUCCCACCCCCUCCCAUGCCAGCGGACAGCGGAGCAGAAUUGGCCCGCUCUCUGCCUACAACGGUCCCAGAGUCGCCCUGCGCUCACCAACCCCGAACCCCCAGAACGCCUCGCACCCCCGGACGCCAGGACCCCAACAAGGCGCCGCGCUUCUACCCCGUCAUGAAGGAGAGCGGCACCAUCGACGGACAGACACCGAGGAAGAAGAAAACCAGCCACAGUUCGAACCCUCCUCAGGAAGCCCACAUCGGCUGGGUGAUGGACUCCCGUGAACACCGGCCGCGCUCUGCAUCCAUCAGCAGCUCCAACGCCUCUCCAUCAGAAGGAGCCCCGCUGUCAGGAAGUUACGGCUGCACCCCCCAGUCGCUGCCCAAAUUCUGGCAUCCAUCCCACGAGCUGCUGAGGGACAACGGCUUCACUCAGCAGGGAUACCACAAGUACCGCCGACGGUGCCUUAACGAGAGGAAACGGUUGGGGAUCGGCCAGUCUCAGGAGAUGAACACCCUGUUCAGGUUCUGGUCCUUCUUCCUGAGGGACAACUUCAACAGGAAGAUGUACGAGGAGUUCAAACAGAGUGCGCUGGAAGAUGCCAAAGAAAACCACAGGUACGGACUGGAGUGUCUCUUCAGAUACUACAGCUACGGUUUGGAGAAGAGAUUCAGGUUAGAUCUGUUCAAGGACUUUCAGGAAGAGACCCUCAAGGACUUCGAGAGAGGUCAGCUGUAUGGACUGGAGAAGUUCUGGGCCUUCUUGAAAUACUCUAGGAUGAAGAACCAGCCCAUUGACCCAAAGCUGCAGGAACACCUCUCCCAGUUCAAGAACCUGGAGGACUUCCGGGUGGUGCCCCCGAUGGGAGAGGAGGGAGGCAGGAGGAGACGUCACUCAUCCUCGGCCGGGGAUGAAGGGAGGCGUCGGCGACAUCCUUCCAACUCUACCUCAAAACCAACGCAGGCCUCCAAAUCCGCCGCCGCCACACAGAACACGCCCAAAGACAACGCCCAGAAAACGGCAACCGCCGCCGCCGCCGCCCAGGGGAAGAGGCCGGAGCCUGCAGCCGGGAAGAAGGACGUGCCAAGUAAAUGAAGCCCCCUCCUGUAGGUGUGGGUUUGGAUAGAGGAGACGCAGAGCGAGGCGGCGGCGGUGGCGGUCGGCGGCAGCUCUGAGCUCAGCGUUCGCUCUUUCAGCUGCAAACUGUUUGGGUAUGAAGAGCGACUGAGCGUGGUUGACUUAAUUCGAUUGUUUUUAUCUGUGCAUUUCAUUUUAAAGCAAGCAAGCAAGCAAGCAAGCAUAGGCAGUGAGCUUGAAUCUGUGCGCCUGACAGCUCGUAACGUUUACAAAACUAAACAGAAAAAAAAAAUGCAUUCCCUGCAUUUUGCCUUUUACUCUCUCAGAUGCCAAACUCUGCGACAAGUUCGUUGAUCUCCACAAUCUGUAAACAGCUCGGCUCUGUGAAGAGCUCUCAGCCUGUUGAACUGUGACUCUAGUUUGCCAAGAUAAGAGACACUGCAGAUAGUCUUGUGUGCCUUAAUCGGAUUCGACAGGAAGAUGUGAGGGCGAGCUGUGACGAAAUAAUCCAAAUUUUGCUCCCUGAAGUCUUCCCGAUUGAUUAUUUGGAGUUUGAACGUGUUUAAAACUGACGCCACGUGCAGGUUUUCCUCUCUUGAGACGUAACUAUCUUCCGUUUCUUUAUCAAGUUGACAAUCAAGUUGACAGCUGUGGUCAUAAAUUUGUGAAGGACUGGCCCCGAGGCUGCUGCUCCGUAACAUGUUUUCACAACUAAACUAUCGUGUUGGUUUUUAAUUAAAACCUGCAGAAAUAAUGACAAAAUUUAUCUGGGAAGCUUUAAGUCCUGUUUUACACCCAGAGGUAGUAUAAUUUAUUAUUUUUGUUUUUAUUUUUCUUUGUACUUGAUUUGAUGGAAUAGUCUUAGGUAAUCAUUGCAGUUUUUAAUGGCUUUUGCAAUUGAAUAUGAUAAUAAAGCAAAUGUUUCUGCUGGAAUUGUGGGUGUGAGCUAGCAUCAUAAAACUACAGUAUAUUUUAGCUUGAAGUUUACUUCAUAUUAUGUUUGAGGCUUAGUGCUUUAUAGCACUUAAAUUGUUAACUUUCUUUUACUUUAUCAGUGGACUUAAAAGAGGUUUUAGAGAUGAAUUUAAAGAAAAAAAUGUAAAUACUAUAAAAAAUCAUUUGCUAUUCAAUUAUUCUUUUGAUUUUAAGACUUGAUUUGUUUUAUUGGUAGUGUGGUUUUGAGUGUGUUUUAGGAUAAAGCGAUGCAUGUUCAUGCCUUGUGUCUUGAAUUGUAAAAUGCAAAAAAAUAUAAAA